CAUCCAGGCUUUUAUCACCAGCCCGUUUACAAACCUGACCGCCUCUCUCAGGGCCUGUUGUCAUGGGUAUUUACAAGGAAAAAAAGUGGGAGGGGCUGAUGGAGGUGGACGAAGGGAGGCUGUGAGGAGAGAGUGAAGUUUGACAAGUUAGAGGAAGGAGGAGAUACAGAGAAGACUCAGCAGAUGAGAGAGACAGAGGGAUGGUCACGUGAAGGGGAAAAGUGCCGACUCGGUGGAAAACGGAGCCUAAAUGAAGGAGUGGCUGCUGGUGACGGAGUGGACAGAGCUCAGCCCCCUUCGCUCCUGGAGGAAAUAAUCACAGUCAGACACGACUGACAUGAUGCAGACAACAGUUGUCCUCCUGCUGCUUGUGCCUCAUCUGCUUUCCUCCGCAGACACAGGAAGCAGCACAGAUUUAAACCAAUCAGAAAUAGAUAUUGAGGACUUAUCUGAUGCUCCUGUCGGAGGGGUCAAAGGUCGAGACACAUGCUCCAUACCGUGUGAUAUCACUGUCAAGCUGCUACGAGAUGAGAAACAUUCAGUCUGUGGCCAGCUACAGCAGUCACUGUUGGCGUUUGGACGCAGCACCCGGAAGCUGAUCAGGGAUGUGAUGGAGGAGCAGCAGAGAGCCCUGGACAUCCUCAGCAGUCAGGUCAUAGAGCUGAUGGCCAAAGUGCAAACACUCAACUCCGAGGUUCAGAGGAGCAACACCGAGAUGUACUCGGUGAAACCUGUGCAGUCCCACGGACGAGACUGCAGCGACAUAAAGGACAGUCUUGUGUCAGUUGUCCCCAAGAUCCCCAGUGGUAUUUAUAUCGUCCACCCAGAGAACACUGACUCUUCAUUUGAGGUCUUCUGUGAGAUGGACUACAUGGGAGGUGGAUGGACGGUGGUGCAGAGGAGGACUGACGGAUUAACUGACUUCAAACGACCCUGGGCGGAUUAUGCGGAUGGAUUUGGAAACCUCGCAGGAGAACACUGGCUGGGCUUAAAGAAGGUGUUUUACUUGGUAAACCAGAAAGAAACUCGGUUCCAACUUCAUGUUGCUCUGACCUCCCAUGAUGACAUCACCUCUUAUGCAUCAUAUGAUGAUUUCCGGCUGGACAGUGAAACACAGUUCUUCUGUAUACACCUGGGCCGAUAUGCAGGCAGUGCAGGCGAUGCAUUUCGUGGCUAUGACCAGGAACAGAACCAGGACACGGCUCCCUUCAGCGCCUCAGACGUGGACAACGACGGCUGCAACCCUUCCUGCUCCAUCGGCAACCGCACGGUGGAGAGCUGCAGCGCCCAGCACAACCAGACAGGGUGGUGGUUCAACCAGUGCGGCCUGGCAAACCUCAACGGCUGCCCUGAAGACGCCGAGCAGAGCCAGGGGCAGAGGACUCACAUCCUGUGGGACACGUGGAGACAAAACGGGGUCGCUCACACCAUCAAAUCUGUCACGAUGAAGAUCAGGAGGAUCGCAACCAAUAAUUGACGAUUGUCAGAGAAAGGAGAAGAGCACAGUCAGUCCUGUUUAAGUUGCACUGCAUCUUUGUACACCCCAAAGUUUUAUUAAAACAAGAUAGAAGAUA